AUGACCAACCAUAUCCGAGUUGAUUGUGGGAUGACCGAAGGGAGAGACGCACCAACGAUCAUGUAUGAGGACAAAGAAGCAUGCAUUGCUCAGCUUAAGGACGGCUACAUCAAAGGAGACAGGACGAAGCACAUCCUGCCUAAGUUCUUCUUCACGCACGAGCUACAGAAAGCCGGCGAGGUCCAAGUGGUAAAAAUGCGUUCCAGUGACAACUCAGCCGACAUGUUCACCAAAUCACUUCCGACUAGCACGUUCAGGAAGCUCACACAUCAGAUUGAGAUGAGUAGACUGAAAGACCUUCAGUGA